GCCCAGGCAGCUGGACCUCAUAAUUUCGGUUUAGAGCCUUGCCUCACAAAUGAGGUCAUGACAGAAAUGAUGAGGGGCUGCGAUGGCCCCGAGACGACCACCGAGGCCUGCGCUCCGUGCCAGACACCAGCAGGGAAUCUGGAGUGCUGCAAUCGACCCGUACCUGAUGGAACAGGGCUCAGCACCGAUCAAGAGAUGCAGUGGAUCUCGGCCAGGGGGGACAGCCCCCUAAGAGCAUCAUCUUUAAAUAGUCAGCUCUUCCUAAGCCCUCCGCAGGGUCUGGGCGCUGAUCCCUUCAGGGGCCCUCCCUUGGAGCUGUGUGAGAGCCUCCCUGGGGAACCAUGUGAUGAGAUGUGCCGAGAGUCUGGUGAGCUGGCGUGCGAGGAGAUGUGUGGCCGAGGGCCCUCGUGCAAAGGGAGUUGCCGGGAGUUGCGGUGUGAGGAACUGCAUGACGACAUAUGCAAGGGAUCCAGCCAGUGUCUUUACGAAGACCCCUACGAUGAGUCAGAUCCGGGGAGCCCAGCUGGCCGGAAGAAUCGCCUGCCCUCCAUCAUAGUGGAACCCAUCGAAGUGGGUGACGUGGAAAGCGGGGAGCUACGGUGGCCCCCGGAAGAUCUCUCACUGCUGGAGGAUUCCGAGCAAGAUGAGCUCUUUGCAGAAGGCGAAGAAGCACCAGGGGCUGGGCUGCCCUCUUUCGAAAGCGACUUAGAGGAGGUGCUUCUGUAAGACCAUCUGAGGCAUUCGUGGGAUGGAUGGAGACCAGGGACCAUGGAAAGCAGGGGGCAGUGGGGCAAAAGGACUUUUUAUGAUUCCAGACAUUUCCUUGAACUCUC